AGCUCCAGCGCCUCUCACAGAACCCGCAGCACCAUGAAGGUCCUGGCAGCCACCCUGGCCACUCUGCUCCUCCUGGCCUCCUGCUCCUCAGCUGAGGGUCACCUUGAUGGUGUCCCCAGCAUCUGCUGCUUCAGCUACCAGAAGCAGCCCAUCCCUCGGCGCCGCGUCAGCUCCGUCUUCGUCACCAGCAGCUCCUGCAGCCAGCCGGGCGUGAU